CAGCCAGUCAGCAUCGGGGUUUCAGCCAGCACAGAGCAGUCAGAGAGGAACAUGGCCGCAGCACAUUUAGCUCGCGCUAUAGCUGUUCCUCCCAACCGAAGGUCAGACCGGGUUGAUUAAACAUACAGGAUAUAACAAGAGCACGAGCGACGGAAAGUUUCACAUCGUAGAAGAGGUGGAUGAAGGGUUGCCCUCCCAGCAGCCAUGAUGCCCUGAAGAGCUGACUGGAGUCUGUACCAGAACCUAGACGCUGAUAUGCAGUGAGGAUGAGUGGCGUUGGUGAAAACCCCUCGAACCCUGCUGCCAGGGCCGAGUCGCGGAAACGCAAGGAAUGUUCCUCUGACCUGUUGGGUCCCAGCCCCAAACAAAGCAUCGAGAAGAGAAACCGCGAGCAUGAAAACAAGUACAUUGAGGAGCUGGCCGAGCUGAUCUUCGCUAACUUCAACGACAUCGAUAACUUCAACGUCAAACCAGACAAAUGUGCUAUCCUCAAGGAGACUGUCAAACAGAUACGACAGAUCAAGGAGCAAGAGAAAGCAGCCGCGGCCAAUGAGGAGGAGGUACAGAAGGCAGAUGUGUCGUCGACGGGCCAAAGCAUCAUCGACAAGGAUGCUCUCGGGCCAAUGAUGUUGGAGGCCCUGGAUGGGUUCUUCUUCGUGGUGAACAUGGAGGGGAACAUUGUGUUUGUGUCUGAGAACGUGACCCAGUACCUGCUGUAUAACCAGGAGGAGCUGAUGAACACCAGUGUCUACAGCGUCUUGCACGUAGGAGACCACGCUGAGUUCAUCAAGAACCUGCUGCCCAAGAGCCUGGUGAACGGUGUGCCGUGGUCCAGUGAAGGUCCCAGGAGGAACAGUCACACGUUUAACUGUCGAAUGCUGGUCAACCCUCACAGUGACAACAGGGACGAGACCAACGACCAUGAGGGGCAGAAACAGAAAUAUGAGACCAUGCAGUGUUUCGCUGUCUCCGAACCCAAGAGCAUCAAGGAGGAGGCAGAAGACUUCCAGUCAUGUCUGAUAUGUGUGGCUCGCAGGAUGCCCAUGAAGGAGCGGCCCGUUCUCCCCACGCACGAGAGCUUCACCACCCGCCAGGACCUGCAAGGUAAGAUCACGUCACUAGACACCAGUCUUCUGAGAGCCUCUAUGAAGCCUGGCUGGGAAGACCUGGUGAGGAGAAGCAUCCAGAGGUUUCACCUACAGAACGACGGAGAGAUGUCCUUCGCCAAGAGACACCAACAAGAGGUGUUGCGUCACGGCCAGGCAUUCAGCCCCAUCUACAGGUUCUCUCUGUCAGACGGGACCAUCGUGUCGGCUCACACCAAGAGCAAGCUGGUCCGCUCCCCUGCCACCAACGAACCUCAGCUCUACAUGUCUCUACACCUGCUACAGAGAGAGCAGUCAGUGUGUGGUAUGGGGCCGGGUCAGGACAUGGGGCCCGGUGGACAGGGCCAGCAGGGGACAGUGAUGGGCCCCGGCCCCAAACCAAUGGUCCCCAACCCCUCAAUGACACCUCCAACCCCGGGGACAAUAUCUGGCCUGGUGCCCCAGGGACAGGACACCACGAUCAGCUCCAACAGCACGCCAUUCUCCCUUCCUCAUGGAGGUCCAGGGUCCAGAGAACCAGGGCUCGGACCCAUGGGGUCCGGGUCUGGACACAUGCAGGGCUACCGCUACGGUUGCCCUCCCCAGCCCAUGGGCUACCCUGGAGGGAUGCAGGGCGGCAUGGGCAUGAACCCCCCCAACCAUCCCCACCAGCAAGGGGCCAGCUGGAGGAUGAGCAGCCCGUCUCGAGGCAGCCCUACCCCAGCUGGAGGCCCCCAUCUGGGGCAACAGAACUCGAUGCUGUCCCCUAGGCACCGGGCGAGUCCAGGGAUGGCAGGGAGCCCUCGCGUGGCCCCAUGCCUGCACUCGCCCUCCCCUGUGGGGAUGUGUGGGUCUGGAACAGGGGUUGCAGUAGGAAGUAGCGGUCCUGCGGCUAACAGUCAUGCUAACAGUCAGGCUAACAGUCUUGCUAACAGCUACACCAGUAGUUCUCUGUCGGCCCUGCAGGCCCUGAGUGAGUGUCACGGGGUCGGACAUGGCGGUUGCGUUCACCCACACAUUCAUGGCGCUGGGGGUCAUUCGCACGCACACACCCUGGGGUCACCGGACAGGAAGAUGAUGGGGUCGCCAGCCGGAGUCACGAUGGGGGCAGGGGUCAACCCUCACAUGAUGUCGAAGCUUGGCGGUGGCACUAACGUGGAUCCUCACGGAGAGCAGGGUGGACAGUACGACCAGAGACAGAUGGACAGACAGACUGACGGGAACGGUAGCAGCGGUAACCACGGUGACGUCAAAGAGGAGAGGGACGGCUCAAACGACGGCCCCAACGCGCAGAGCCGUGUCCUCCACGACAACAAGGGCCACACCAAACUACUCCAGCUCCUCACCACCAAGUCCGAACCCCUCGACACCCCCCCGUCUCCCAACGGAGGAGGAGACCCCAAGGACCCCUCGUCAGGGCUGGGGGGCCCUCAUGGUCCAGGGGCCCCAGGGGGCCACGCCACAUCCCUAAAGGAGAAACACAAAAUUCUCCACAGGCUGCUCCAGAACAGCACCUCUCCUGUCGACCUGGCCAAGCUCACCGCUGAGGCCACUGGCAAGGAGCUGGGAGAGCAGGGGAGUAACGUCAACACCCAGGUGGGUACAGGAGGGGGUACAGAUGGGAACCUCCCCUCCAAACAGGAGCCCCUGAGUCCUAAGAAGAAGGACAACGCACUGCUGAGGUACCUGCUGGAUGAAGAGGAGGGGGGCAUGAAGGAGAGGCAGGCUAGGAUGGAGGGAGGAGGAGAGGUGAAGACGGAGAUGAAACACCCCCUCCAUGUGAAGACUGAGAAACAGGAUGCAGGAUAUGAUCGCUCUGAGCAGUCGUCUGAGCUGGAUGGUAUCCUAGAUGAGCUGCAGUGUGUCCAGCCCCAGCUGUUCGGUGAGCCUCGGCCCGUCUCUCUGCCUUCCUCCCUGGACAAACAGACCAUCAUCAACGACAUACUGCACAUCACCCAGGAAACCAGCCCUGCCAACGCCAUGGCAACGCAGCAGAGGGGCAUGGGGCCAGGCAACUAUGGCGGUGCCAGAGGGCCGGAGGGCCAGGGGCCAGCUAGGGGCCUCCCUGUGAGGAGCGUAUCCCUGGACAUGACCGUGUCAGGGGUCCCCCAGGGCCAGUAUCCCCCUGUGGGAACCCUCAGUCCCUACACGCUCCUACAACAGCAGCAAGGAAUUCUGGCAAACCACACCGCCAUGAUGUCUAACCAGGCCAACCUCUCAGGUCAGAUGGAUGGUCCUCGGCAGGGCAUGCAGCAGGAGGGGGGUUGGGGUCCUGGGGGCCCAGGUCAGAGCGGGUCAUCAUCGGUCCGUCCUCCAGGGGUUCCAGGUCAGCAGGGGACGACGCUCGGCCGUAUGGGGCCCAGCCCUGGAGGCACUAUGAGACCCAACAGUCUGCCCGGCCCUGGACCCAGACAGAUGCUGCAGUCUCAGAUGAUGGUCAACGACAUGGGUAUGGGGCCCCACCAGUUCUCCCAGCAACAGGCUCCACCCAAUCAGACGGCUCCGUGGCCAGACAGCGUGAUGCCUGUUGAGCAGACCCCCUUCAACCAGAACAGGUCUCUGUAUGCCUCUCAGCAACAGCAGCAGCAGGAGGUGUUGUGUGUGAUUCCGGGGCCCAGUGGUCAGAGUCAGGGGCCUGGUGAUGGAGGUGGUAGUGAUGAGGGGGCACUCCUAUCCCAGCUCUACACCGUGUUAAAGGACUUUGAUGGCCUGGAGGAGAUAGACAGAGCCCUGGGGAUACCGACUCUGAUGGGACAGGGUCAGUCUGUAGAUCAGGAUCAGUUCUCUUCAGACCCGUCCAUGUUGUUGGACCAGAAGCCUCCAGUGUACAGCCAGCAGGACCUGCCACCUGGCUCCCAUCUAGCCCAGAGAGGGUACCACGGCCCUGGGACCGGCAGACCCAUGCAGGACCCCACACCUGGCUCCCUUCUAUCCCAGAGAGGAUACCACGACCCUGGGUCUGGCAGACCCAUGCAGGACCCCACAGGGCAAGGCUUCCACCCCAUGGCUGUCCAGAUGGGCCCCAGACCAGGAUACCCCAUCAUGAGGCUGAGGCCCCAGGCAGUGGUUCCUAACCAGCCUAAUACACUGAGGUUACAGCUGCAGCACCGGCUACAGGUACAACAGAACCGCCAGCCAAUGAUGAACCAGAUGAGUGGAGUGUCCAAUAUGAACCCAACUUUACAGUCCAACAACCCCAACCAGGGGACCAUCAAUGCACAGAUGUUGGCACAACGGCAGAGAGAACUCCUCAACAACCACCUGCGGCAACGCCAGCUGGAGCAUCAGAGACAGCAGCAGCAGCAGCAGAGGAACAUGGUGAUGAGAACCCAGGGACUCAACCUACCUCCCAAUAUCGCCGCGGCGGCUGCUGCAAGUGGCCUAUCAGGAGGCCUGAGUAACCCUCGGAUCCCACAGACCACCAAUCCCCAGCAGUUCCCCUACCCACCCAGCUACGGUAUGUCCCAGCAGCCUGACGGAGGGUUUGGGGGUCAGGCCACGCCCCAGAGUCCCCUGUUGUCCCCCAGGAUGGCCCACGCCCAAUCCCCCAUGAUGCAGCAGCAGGGCAACGCCAAUUUCCAGGCGUCGCCUGACCUAAACGGUUGGCCGCCCCAGGGGAACAUGGGAGGAAACAGUAUGUUCAGUACUCAGCAGUCUCCGCCUCAGUUCACCCAGCAGCAGCAGACCAACGGUGGUGCGGCCAUGUACAACGGCAACGGAAUGAACCUCAACGUCUCCAUGGCUACCAACGCCAGCGGCAUGGCCCCCGUGGGUCAGAUGGCCGGACAGAUGAUCACCUCGCCUGGAAUGACCUCAAUGGGACAGGAACAGAAAUACUGCUGACCCUGGUGGAGCGUGUAGCCAACCAGCACCUUAAUGCUAACACCCAGGAUCCAAUGAGCUCGCUGGUUCAUCUUCAACCACCCAACCAAUCUACCAACGGCUCUUUUGAGUGAACCUGGCAGUGCCCUGACUCAGCUCUGCCCAACCAAGCCUGACCUCUGACUUCACCUACCUGGCAUCAGAUCUAUCCCCACUGGGGGGGGGGUCACCCAGGGUUCAAGGGGGGAGUGGGGGGAUGGAGGAAAGAUUGGACUUUUUACGUGUUCCAAAUGGCACCCUGUUCCCUAUAUAGGGCCCUGGUCGAAAGUAAAGCACUACACAAGGAAGAGGGAGGCAACCCUAAAACGCCUAUCCCCUCCUUAAAGGAGAACCCGUGAGCCAGCCUGUCUCUGUCCAGCUGCAUUCACCGUAGUGUGACUUACUGUAGGCCCCUCCCCCUCUAUUGUAGAUCCCUCCCCCUAUGGGUUGAUUGACUGUAGGCCCCUCUCCAUCUGCCUGGAGGUCCACCCCCUCUGGGUUGACUGACUGUACGCCCCUCCCCCCUCUAAAUUGGCCCUUCCCCCUCUGGUUUGACUGAGUACUGGUGGCAGCGGUGGGAUCCUCGUCAGAUGAAUGUAUUCCUCUCUAUGGACAAGUGGCCAUUUUGCAAUCUGAUCUCAUCUCAAACAAUUUAUACUUUUUUUUUUUUUUCCCCUGAUCCCCUCUGAUGUUCUAGAACAUUCCUCUCGUGUUCCACAAUGGCAUCAAAUGUUUACGUUUGGAUUCUGGAGGGCAGCGGAGGGAGCGGAGCAGCCAACUAAUUUCAGCCGGUUUUGCCUUUUUGCUGUUUUUGUUUUGAUGAUGAUGAUGAUGAUGAUGAUGAUGAUGAUGACUACAGAUGUUUAGGAUAAAGACAAAUGUUUUUUUUUUUUUUUUUUUUAAACACUGCAGAUUAUUGUUUUGACUGAAAUAAUGCUUUGUAUGAUAAUUAGACUAAUUUAGUCAAGAGGUUUAUAAGUUUAUUAAAUUAAGUUUUAUUUUUCUGUUUAGAUUUUUUUGAAAUGAUCUUAGAUUUAUUUUUAUUAUCGUAGCAAACAACAGAAGACGAGGCAAAGUGAGGAAAAAGAGGCACUUUGUGUCGUUUUAAACUUGGCGGUUAAACUCUUUCUGGAAAGACUACUAUACUCUAUCACAUUGAAAUAUUAUGGAUUCGACUUUGGUUCAGUAGUUUCAUCAGAAGUUGUUGAAUUACAUCAUGUGGUUGAAGACAACAGAAACAGACAGAUUGUACAUACUGUACCAGUUGACAGACAGAUUGUACAUACUGUACCAGUUGACAGACAGAUUGUACAUACUGUACCAGUUGACAGACAGAUUGU